AUGAUAGAUCCAUUCCUGAUCCCACACCAGUAUUAUAAGAAAGGGGAUAUAAACAUUGACAUGAUUGCCACACUGAACACCUUCAUCAUUGAUGAAAUACCAUUCAACAACCAGCCAUCAACAAAGAUGACAGAUGAACUUAUGACAAAGUCUAAGAACUACCAGCAUAUCCUGUCUCUGGUUUUUGCAGUGAAUGAGAUAAAUAAAAACCUGAAGACCAUACUAAAUGUCAGCCUUGGCUUUCACAUUUAUGACAGUUAUCUAAAUGCAAGAAUGAUCCACCAGAAUACUUUGAAACUUCUUUCCAGCCAGAAAACAAUUGUUCCCAACUUCAAAUGUUUUAAGCAAAAGAAUAUGAUAGCUGUCAUCGGAGGACUUAGCUUUGAAAUUUCCUUUUACAUGACUACUCUUUUAGGCAUCUACAAGAUUCCACAGAUUGCCUACUGUGUGAAUGCUCCAGAGAUGGAUGAUAAAAGCCAGCUCCCUCCAUUCUACCGGAUGGUGCCCAAUGAAGAGUAUCAGUAUGCAGGGAUUGUCAAGCUGCUGCUUCAUUUCCAAUGGACAUGGGUUGGGAUCCUCACAAUGGAGAACAAUAAUGGAGAGAAAUUCCUGCAGACUUUAAUGCCAAUGCUUUUGAAGCAUGGAAUCUGCACAGCCCUCAAUGAAAAAAUACCAGCCACAACUCAUGCUGUAGAGACGUUGAGUUCACUUGACUCUAUGCUGGAGAAGGCCAGUUAUCUAUCCAAUUCUGAAGUCAAUGUAUUGGUAGUAAAUGCAGAUACUGGUGUCAUGACAUAUUUGACAUGGACAAUGCUUAUAUAUGCAAUGCUGAAAGAUAUAAAAGUGACAUCCAUUGGUAAAGUGUGGAUAACGACAGCCCAGUGGGAUUUCUCAGCUGACGUGGUGCACAGGGCUUUUGACAUACAGGUGUUUCAUGGUUCAUUAUCUCUUGCAAUACACUCAAAUGAAGACUUGGGUUUCAGAAAAUUCCUUCAGGUCUUGCAUGCUAAGACAUCCGAAGACAAUGAUUUUUUGAGGAUCUUCUGGCAGCAAGCAUUCAACUGCUCAUUUCCUGAUUCUAAGGAGGAAGAGAUGAGAUCAGUUACUUGCACUGGUGAAGAGAAGCUGAACAGUCUCCCAGGGACUCUCUUUGAAAUAAGGAUGACUGGCCAAAGCUAUAGCAUCUACAAUGCAGUUCAUGCCAUAGCACAUAGCUUACAGAAAAUGUACUCAUCCAGGCAAAAACACAGAGCAAUGUUGGACAGAAGUAGAUUGGAUCUUCCAGAAGUGCAACCUUGGCAGCUUCAUUCUCUCCUAAGGAGUACCUCAUUCAACAAUGGUGCUGGAGACACAGUUUCUUUAAAUGAGAAUGGUGAAUUGGCAGCUGGAUUUGAUAUUAUAAAUUGGGUUACCUUCCCAAACCAAUCUUUUUUACGAGUGAAAGUGGGAGAGAUGGAUCCAUACACAACACACGGUCAAACAUUCACCAUUAAUGAAGGGGCUGUCAUAUGGCACAACACAUUUAAUCAGAUCCUGCCAACUGCCAAGUGUAAUGAAAAUUGCCUUCCUGGAUACAGCAGAAAAGAGAAAGAGGGGAAGCCAUUCUGUUGCUAUGAUUGUGUACCAUGUCCAGAUGGGAAGAUUUCAAACCAAAAGGACACAGAUAACUGUUUCCAGUGCCCAGAAGAUCAAUUUCCAAACAGAAAUAGAGAUCAAUGCCUCCCUAAGCGACCAAACUUCCUCUCUUUCACAGAAGCUUUGGGAAUCUGUUCAGUUUUUUUCAGUUUGUCUUCAUCUUUCACCACAGCUUUGGUGCUAGGAAUUUUCAUCAAGCACAAGAAUACUCCCAUCGUCAAAGCCAACAAUCGGGAACUUACAUAUUGUCAGCUAGUCUCCCUAUUGCUCUGCUUCCUUUGUGCCUUGCUGUUCAUUGGUCGGCCCAAUGCAGUAACGUGCUACUUAAGACAAAUUUCUUUUGCCAUCAUUUUCUCAGUGGCUGUUUCUACCAUAUUGGCAAAAACAAUAACUGUGGUUGUGGCUUUCAUGGCCACCAAACCAGGAUCUAAAAUGAGGAAAUGGGUGGGGAAAGGUUUAGCCAAUACUGUUCUUCUCAGCUGCUCCCUUAUCCAAGCCAUUAUUUGUGCUAUAUGGCUCAGUACCACUCCUCCAUUUCCAGAUUUUGACAUGGACACUAUAGCUGAAGAAAUUAUAGUGGAAUGCAAUGAGGGAUCCAUCACAAUGUUUUAUUGUGUUCUGGGAUACUUGGGAUUUCUUGCCAGUAUCAGCUUCACUGUGGCUUUCCUGGCCAGGAAGUUGCCAGACAGUUUCAAUGAAGCUAAGUUCAUCACUUUCAGCAUGUUGGUGUUUUGCAGCGUUUGGUUGUCCUUUGUUCCAGCAUACCUGAGCACUAAGGGGAAAUACACAGUGGCUGUGGAGAUCUUCUCCAUCCUGGCCUCUAGUGCCGGAUUACUUGGUUGUAUCUUUGCUCCCAAAUGCUACAUAAUUAUCCUGAGGCCUUCCUUGAACAGCAGAGAACAGCUAAUAAAGAGGAAUAUAUAG